GCUCCCCAUCCUGGAAACGACAGAGAGACUGAGGCCCAGGCUCUAGUUCUUGUCGCUGCCCCAAGUGACUAUGAACCACAUCCCUCGGCCCUUCCUGCAGGGCAGCGCCCCUAACUAUGCUGUGCUCGAGGAGAAUGAGAUAGAAGAGCAGGGCUUGCCCCGGAGCUCAGCACCAGUGACCUCCACGGUGGUCAGCAUCCAGCCUGAGAUCUCGGUGCCCGACCACAUCGUCUGGUCCCUGUUCAAUGCCUUCUUCAUGAACUUCUGCUGUCUGGGCUUCGUGGCUUUUGCCUACUCUGUGAAGUCUAGGGACAGGAAGAUGGUGGGCGACAUGAUUGGGGCCCGGAGCUAUGCGUCCACUGCCAAGAGCCUGAACAUCAGCGCCCUGAUCCUGGGCAUCCUCCUCAACAUUGGAGUCAUCGUCGCUGUGGUGUUUGCUGGCUUCAAGUUGUCCGAAAUGUACUAUCAAAGUAUUCAGAGAGGUGGAGACUUCUAGAAUCUGCCCACUAUCCGAAGUGCCCCACCUCCCGCUAUGUGGGCUGGGCCUGCCCGUGGCCCACCCCCUCAUCAGCAGUUUCUGUAGACAGGCCCUCAGCAUCGAUAUCAAUAAAGAUUCUCAU